GCAGUCACGCGUUGAACAAGAGCAACCGGUUUUCUGUGUUCCAUUUUGUUGCAUUUUCAAUUGUAUUUGUUUUAUUGUUUAUACGCUCAUGUACAAGUGAUAUUUCAUAGUGUUAACAAAUUAUAUUUUAUAACUGUGAAUCAUAUUAGUUUUAAAUUUAAUUUAUUCUAAGCUUGUUGUGGAAAAUCUAGAAACAUACAUUGUAUAACGUUACUAGCCCCAUAACGUACAAAAGGUUUUGACCAUGAGCAACAACAGCAAUAACUUUAAUCAAUCCAUGAAGACGGUUCCAGAUUUGGUUGCUAAUCUAGCCUCGGAAAAUGCUAAGCUUCAAUACGCUCGGUGCAAUGUCAAUGGGGGUGGCAACGGCAAGUUCUUCAGAAACUACCAGACGCCGUACGUUCCCCAGAUGUACGGAAAUUUCUACCAGAAGCAACGUUUCACGCCCUACCCGAAUCGGCACCAAAAUCAAUCCAAUCAGAGCAACCAUUUCCUUCAGCAGCCCACUAAUGUCAACUACGGAAGCAACAACGGCGUGGCCAACAGGUCUCUGAACUCGUCUCUGAACAGCAGCAGUUCGGAUUCUUGCAAGAACACGACGUUCUACGGCUCCAAUAACUCCGGAAGCUCUAGCAACAUUAGUCAGUGCAGCAGUAGCAGCAGCAGCGGUACCGGAAGCAUCUACGGCUAUUCAUACGGUAACAUGCAAUCAUCAACCGUAGAUCAGAAGGAGAUGGUCGUGUUGCAGAUUAGCAAUCUGGAUCCGACGAUUGAUGAACACAAGAUGCACCAGUACUUGCUAUGUCAGCUCAAAUCAAUCACGCCUGUCUUGUCGUUGACCAUCGAGAGCCCUUCGCUGGCGAAGGUCAAGGUUCCGUCUGCACAUUUCGCCAAACUAGUCGUCGCCAAUUUGCACCGCAAGAAGAUCGGUCACAAACGCAUGGUCGUUUCCUACAUCAAAGACCCAUCAUCGGCCGAAUCGUCGGCACUGCGUUGCCAAGUGGCCGGCCUUCUCAAGGAUGUCCCUUUCUACUGUCUACCGAUCAACAAAUUUCGUGAACUGUUUCAAUCCCGGUUCAAAUCUUCGAUCAGCGUCCUGGAUCUGUACCGCAUGCCGGACGUAUGCUCCAUCACCUUGGACAAGAACGAAGAGAAGUACAUUAACCUGCAGCCUGACGUGAUCAACUCGUUGCAGAGCAAUCCGCUGGUUGAAUCGUCCCAGCAUAGUGUUCCGUACUGCAUCUAUCACUUCAAGCAGGAGAAGGAGAAAGGAUGGGCCGAGCAGGAGAUUGAACCCCUGCCGAAUGUGAUGAUGAGCAUCAGCCAGCUGCAGUCGGUUAUCUAUUCGUUGCUGAAGACUCACAAGGAUGACAUUCCGGUGGCCAGCAUUCUGUAUUGUAUCGAGAAUGAACUACAAAUCAAAGUUGUGCAGAAUGAGAGCGGAGUUCCGUUGGAGCAUCUGUUAUGCUGCAUCCGGGGAGUGCAGAUCAUGAACAACAACUUUGGUAUCAAGGUACUGACCUGGUUGGACCAUGAGAUCAACUCGACGAAGGACAACGAUGAUGCCUCUUCAGUCAACUUGCGUUACAUGCCCAAGAGCCCGAACAACGACUUCCUGCAGCAGAUUUCCCGCGAAGUGGUUGAGCUGAUAAAGAUGUCACCGAAAUCGUCAAUGAAGUUCACCCGAUUCAUCCCGGCCUAUCACAACCAUUUCGGAAAACAAUGUCGCGUAGCCGAUUAUGGCUACACCCGGCUGAUAGAGCUCUUUGAAGCGCUUUCACCGGUGGUCCAAGUGAUGGGAGACGGUGAGAAUCGCCACAUCACGCUGACUCAUCGGACCCAGAUCCGACGUUUUACCGGUGACUUGCUGAAAAUUUUACGCGGCCAAGCGAAUAAAUCAAUUCUGCUCUCGCAGCUGCCAAUCAUCUUUUCGCAAGCACAGAAUAAAAUGUUCGACGUAACGGACUACGGCGUGUGCGAUAUUUUCGACAUCAUCGACGGGUUGGUGUACAACAAUUCGAUCGUCACGAAGGUGUUCAACGAGACGGAUGUAUUGAUUUCGAUGGUGAAACGGAAGCAGUCUCCAACCGAGCUGGAGAAAACGAGCAUCUUUGCCGGGGAGGUAGUUGAGCUGUUCAAGAAUGCUCCACAGUACUCGAUACUGUUUAAAAAGUUUGUCCGCUCGUAUCACUAUCACUUUGGAUAUCAGUGUCGUUUGAGUGAUUAUGGCCUGAUGAAGUUGGCGGAUUUGCUGGAAGCCAUUUCCGGAAUAGUUGAAAUGGAGCAAUCCAACGAUGAGGACCGGAAAAUCUAUCUCAAUCACAGAGUUGCCAUUCGCAUUUUUGCUGAACAAGUGCAGGAUAUUGUUAAGCAUUUCACCGGCAACAGUGUCUCGAUGAUCUUAAUGAGCGAAAUACUCAAUUUCCAUAAAAACAAGUACGGGUAUCAAAUUCAACCGUAUAGCCUUGGGUAUAGCAAUUUGUUCGAUGCUAUCAAAGCGCUUCCUUAUUUGGAGAUAUUCGAAUCAGGCAAUGAUUUCAUAGUCGUUUCACGAUUGGAAGACCCCGUAUUUCGACUCCGAUCUUAUGCUGUUUGUCUCUGCCUCUUGGACUCGAACAAGGAACGUAUGCCUAUCAGUGACUUUCUGCGGAGCUACCUGGUCAAAUUCAAAGAGAAUUUAACAGAAAGGCAAAUGUUCAACAUGAAACAUGCCAUAACGAUUGAACUUGAUAAGGGAAAUCAAACUGUGACGAUGACGCCGUUGAUGAAGUUCAUCCUUCGUAUCAUACAGGUUCUCAAGCAGAAGAGUCCGAUCAAUUUGUUUGAUCUCAAACAGGCUCUUAAUUUGUCGAUUUCGUCCUGUUUUGAGUUUGGAUAUCCUAAUAUUUCCUCGCUCAUUGGCGCGUUUCCGGACAUUUUCACCACCAACAGCUAUUUCCAUGAGCGAGCCGACAUUGAACUGAACCGUGACUGCAUUUUGAGCAAGGCUUGCUUCAGUAGCGAGGAAAAUUCCACACCGGCAGCGAUCUCGACCACCAACAAUGCUCACACCACCCCCGCAAAGGCGAAAGCGCUCGCCGACGAAAAUAAGCUUUCCCAUGCCUCGAUGACAAAUGAUUUUAGAAAUUUGUUCUACAGUAGGCAAGAAGCCAUUGCUCAGCAUCAUUUGUUGCAGCGACAGCAACAGCAACAGCAACACCAACAGCAACAGCAGCAGCAGCAACAACAACAACAACAACAACUUCAACCGCUGCAGCAAUCCCAACAGAUGAAUCAACAACAGCCGACUACUUACUUUCCGAAUAACCGUUUCAACAACAAUCCAAUGUUGAACAGUCACUAUAGUCUGUCCAGUUCAACUUUAUCGUCAACUGCUGUUCCAGCCGAUAUGAUGGGCACUAAUAAUCAGACUAUGAUUAUGAAAAAUCAAAACAAAGAAAACUAUUACCACUGUUACAGUGGCAUAGCGCUCCAACAGCAACAGGUUCAACAGUUGCAGCUUCAACAGCAACAACAACAGCCACAACAACAACCACAACAGCAGCAGAUUUCAGUUUCACAGACUAAAUUUGCAUCGUUGAACACGAAUAUGUGCUCUACGGGUGGUAGCAGUGGUGGUUGUGCUUCAAAUGUUGCAACGAUAACCGCGAAUCGUGCAGCUGGACAGAUACAGGCAUCAAUCGCCAACUCGCUGGCGUCCACAACAGCAACAGCAGAAGAAAUAGAACCAGGUGCCUCGCGAUUCUCCGCCACCAAACUUUACGAACGCAGACAACAGCAGCUUUCAUUGGGUUUACAAUAUCUCAAUUGUAACAGUUUUGGAUAUGGACUUUUGUCGGAGUUUUACGAGCCGCCGAAGCCGGACACGCCACCAUCGAGGAAUAUCCCAUAUUGGAUUGAUCCGAUUUGGUCCAACGAGCCGAUCCCGACCGAAAAGGAGCCAUCAACAUCUUCCACCGAGCUCCUCAAUAUUCCACUGCCGGAGCUGAAAACGUACAACAAGCUGCCGGUCAUACUGACACCGUAUGUCCUAUCACUGACGAAGAGCUCAUCCUUUUCCUUCGAUUUUGAUAAGUCUAAAAAGAUUUAAACCACGGAUGGGACCCUAUUUGCGUGCGCUUACGAAAAGGAACUAGGACAUGCCGACAGAAGAGGAUAUCUUCACACUUCGUAUAAUUGCUCUCGGGAGCGGUUAAUUUAUAUCUCGAUUGGAUCGCUGUCGACUGUUGUUCGUUUUUAACAUUUUCCUAAUCAUUUUCGUUAUUUUUUCAUGACACGUUGAACGUUUAUUCACCAUUGUGUAGUAGGAGUCAUCUACGAUUCGUUAAUUUGUCUAUCCUUUUCGAUUCCUAGGAUGAGCGUUUAUUAAAUGGUACCAUUGAUGUUAUUAUUAGAUAAGAGAUAAUUCAAUUGAAAAUAGGAAUGAUGGAAGCCUCAGCUAUGGGACUAAAUGUUUAGAGAUUUAUUUUAAUCGAACCUUUCUAGAACAAUAUUGAUCGUUAUUAUAGUGUAGUGCGUAUUAUAAUAGUCUCAUAGUUAAGGAAGUUGAAAAUGCUGAAUCACUUCUUUGAAAUGGGAGCAGAUAAAGACAUUUUAGUUAUUGAGAUUUAUGCAUGUUUAGCGCAAGAUUCUACCCGAUGAUUACGUUUUAGGAUGAUAGAAGACAAUUUAGUGUAUGUUUAUAUGUGGCGAUAUUUCCAGUUGAGGCUUCCACUUGUGUGCCCCCUAGAUUUAUAUAUGAUUUAAAAAUUAAGAUUAUGUAUGCAUGCGAUUAUUCAAA